UUUCACUGAUUGAAGUUGUUAAUUUUGGGUAAAUAUUAAUGUCUGCCUUAUAUGACUGAAACAGUGCCUUAUUAAAUAUGCCUUACGAUGGACUGAAUGUUUGCCUUAAACAUUAAAUUGUGUAGCCUUACAUAUCUGAAAACGGCCUUAUUUUCCUAAUUAAUAUCCUCAAAUACGCCCCUCAUAAUGAUCAACUUUUGUUCACUCCAGCUCUCCACUCUGUAGUAGAAAGUACAUUUAUCUGUAGUUUUCUAAACAAACUUUACAAUGACCGAGUUUGAAACCACAAUUCUCAAUAUUUCUGAUACGGAGUCAUCAGACGAAGACAAUUUACCACCAAGAAAGAAGGCCAAAUUCAAAAGAAACUUCUUAGACUACUUUAAGGGUGCAAUUUAUGAAAACUUAACAAUUGCGGAGGAAAUUCUGAAGGCCGAAGGAGAGUUUCGUUUCAAAUCUGCCAAUCAAACCGAAUGUGGCAUGAAGCAUUUUUAUAAGUGCAAAGUAUCCAGCAAGUGUUCUGCUAAGCUAUAUCUGCUUCUCGCUGAAGACGGACAAGACGUAAUUCGUUAUCAGACCAACACUGCUCAUGACCACCUACAGAAAAAUAAAACAAGCGGAGUUCAAGGUCCAACGCGACAAUUAAUGGUCGAAUUGCUUAAAAAUGGCAUCUCAGGUCCCUCUCAAAUCCAAGCAAGUAUUCGUGAUUCCGGUCUUCCAAUACCAAAUCGAAAGCAAAUUUCAAAUGCCAAAGCCUACCUAAAAUCAAUUGAGGCCCCACGAAUUGUAUCAUUAGGGGACCUUGAAAAACAACUAUCUGCACUCCUAACAGAACCUACUAGCCAAGAUCAAACAAUUUUGGUAGGAAAGAUCAUUGACUUUGAAAAGAAAACAUUCCACUUCAUGCUAUCUACGCCAAGAUUGAUGCAAGUUCUCACAUUUGGAGAUUGCUUACAUGCUGAUGGGACCUACAAAUUGGUAUUGGAAAAUUUUCCAGUCCUUGUUCUUGGGACGUUGGACAAAAAUAGAAAUUUCCACCCAAUUAGCAUUGCUGUAUCAACCGGCGAAACAGAGCAAGAUUAUGGCAACAUUUUUAGGAUUUUAGCGAGUUCAUGUGGCACUAAAUAUGAGCCAAAAGUAUUAAUUGCUGAUUCAGCAGAAGCAAUCACAAACGGCUUCGAAUCAGUUUUUGGGAGCAACUUCGUUCGAGUGUAUUGUUGGUACCACGUGAGUGCAAAGAUCAAGGAUCGAUUAAAACAAAUAGAAUGUCCGGAAACCAGGCGUGAAUUAAAGUCUGACAUAGAUUUACUUCAGUUAGCAGAAGAUAAACUUGAUUUCGAUGCGGCUGUACAUUUGUUUAGGCAGAAAUGGUCCGGAGUUGAUGCCGUCAAAAACUUCGUUGGCUACUUUAUUGGAGAAUAUAUUGACCAAAGGUGCGGCUGGUAUGAAGGAACUGCCCCAGGGUUCCCUUCCACUAAUAAUGGACUCGAGUCAAUAAAUGGACUCAUCAAACGUCAGGGAACACUUCGGAAGAGGCUACCUCUUGGAGAAUUCGUCAACUGUAUCUCCAAGCUUCUAUCUGGUUGGUCCAGUGAGAGAGACCCUCAGCUACCGGAUUACAAACGAUUUAGACUCGAACCAGUUAUAACAAUUGCGGCCAUGACCGAUGCCUACAAUUGGUUUAAAGAUACCUCUCGUCCAUCAACGAGACAAAAAAAGAUUAACGAUACCAUAAUCAAGUUUUUCGUACCAGCCAAAGGAACAAGGUCACUAGAUGAAAAGGACAUAGCCAACUACAUUCAGCUUACAGAGAAAAAGUCGUGGAGAAAGUUCGAAACAUACCGGAAGACGAAAGAAAAGCUUUGGGUGAUAGAGUAUGAUAUUAUAAAUUGGAUGCAAUCCCGUUGUAAUUGUCCCAUGUUUAAAAAACAGCAUAUUUGUAAACACUUAAUUGGGCUCGCUGCCAACCGCAAAGAUUUUAAUAUUUCUGACGCCUGCAAAAAUGUUCCAAUUGGUAUAAAACGACGCCCAGGUCGCCCCAAACAAUGUAAACAAGCUCUUAUCGUUGAAUAAUUAUAUAUUUUUUAAUUACAUGUGUGAUCUGGGUUCAAAGAUCAUGUAAAUAAACAAAUUUUAAUAUCGGGAAAUUAAGGCACUUUUUUCAGUCGAUUUCUAUUUUUUUUCAACGUUUAAGGCAAACAUUCAGUCAAUCGUAAGGCAUAUUUAAUAAGGCCUGGUUUCAGUCAAAUAAGGCAGCCAUUAAAUACCACCCGUUAAUUUUUGACAGUGAAGCAAACAAUAAUAAUUAAUUUGAUUAUUAAUUUAUUAAGUUGUUAAAGAUGAUUUUUAUUUUGUUUCGUCCAAAAAAACAUUUUUUUUACUAAAUAUAUAAGUAUUUAUUAAUUAAUUAUGAGUUUAACUACUGGCAAUAAAAAUUGUGCAUUACAAACAAAAUCUUUGAUUAAAUGACCCAUAUAUGUAUACAUAUGUAUUUAUGAAUACAUUUACUGCCCACAAAUGUGCAUACAUAGGAUGAUACUUUAUACAUGCCGCACUUAGAAAAUAAAUAUUUGGAAUUAUGUAUGAAUGUAAAAGGGAAUAUUUAUCUAACAAGAUAUGUACUGCAAAGAUUUUUAGAAU